AUGUCAAACAUCACCGAUUCUAUUAUUUCUCAUCAUGAGGCCUAUUGGUAUACAAUUAUUAUUGUCCUCAAUCAGAAUAUCACAAGAUAUGGUAUGAUUCUUGUCUGGCUUAUUGGUAAUUUUGGAUCAAUAGUCAAUUGUUUUGUCUUUAGUCAACGAAGUCUUCGUAAGAAUCCAUGUGUUAUGUAUUUGCUAGCUUCUAGUGCUGCUCAAUUUUUAACUUUCAAUUUUGCUCUUCUCACAAGAAUACUUUACAUUGGUUACAAUAUUCAAGCAGUUAAUACUUUACUUUGGUAUUGUAAAAUUCGCUAUUAUUUUUUCUAUAUUUCUGUUGCUGUUCCACGUUAUUAUAUAAUUUUGGCAUCGGUCGAUCGUUAUUUUGCUAGUUCUUCUGAUAUUUAUUGCCGUCAAUGGAGUUCAUCGAAGAUCGCUAUACGAUUAAUUGUUGGUAGUUUUUUAUUUUGGUGUUUAAUGUACAUUCAAGUUCUUGUUUUCUAUGAAAUUCACAAUGAUGAUUGCUCAUUUAGAAAUGGUGUUUAUGCUAUUUUCUUCAGUGUCUAUCUAUUGAUUGAAAGUGGAAUAUUUCCACCAUUGAUGAUGCUCAUUUUUGAAUUUCUGACACUAAAUAACAUUCGAAAAAGCAAACGAAGAACAAGACCAUUAACAGUAGCUGAUGUUGUUGGACAUAGACAAUCUACAGUAAUGUCAAGAAAAGAUUUACAAUUUUCUAAAAUGUUAUUUAAUCAAAUAUGUCUUUGGAUUAUUUUGAACAUUCUCAAUCCUUGCUACCUUCUUUACCAAACAAUAACAAUAAAUGAUACGAAAUCAUCUCUUCGUUUAACAGUCGAAUUAUUUGUUAGUAAUAUAAGUUAUUUUUUUAUUUAUCUUGAAUUCUCAUUAACAUUUUUUGUCUAUACUUUAUCAUCAUCAUUAUUCAGACGGAAAUUGACUCAAUUAAUUCAAAAGAAAAUAUUACGUCGCUUUUCAUCAAAUAUAACUCUCACAAAUAACGCAUAA